GCACUAACGUUGUGGUCAUCGCGCGCGCAGGAGACAGGCCCAUCGUCUUCUCGUUCGUGGACGGCGCCGUCACGAUCUGUAGAGUUGUGUGCGGCAGCUUCGUGAUCUUCAUGCUCGUGGGUUGCAGCCUCGUUGUGUUCAUGUUCGCGGGCGGCAGCUUCGUUGAGAUCAUGUUCGUACAAGCCUGCGCAAUUCCUAUGGGGAGAAAGCUCGUGAACAUCAGCUUCGUGGUGCUCAAGCCAGAUGGCGGAAGCUUCGUGGCCUUCACGCCCGUGGGCGGCAGCUUCGCGGCGUCCACGCUCGCGGGCAGCAGCUUCGUGGCGUUCACACUGGUCGGCGGCAGUUUCGUGGUGUUCAAGUUCGUUGGCGGCAGCUUCGUCAUGAUCACUCUCGUGGGCGGCAGCUUCGCGGUGUCUCGCCGUCGUGGUGACAGUUUCGUGGUGCUCACGCUCGUGAGCAGCAGCUUCGUGGCGUUGCCGCCCAUGAGCGACAGCUUGGUGGUGUUCACGCUCGCGGGGAUCAGCUUCGUGGUCCUCACGCCCGUGAGCGGCAGCUUCGCUGCGUCCCCGCUCGCGGGCGGAGGCUUCGGGGUGCUCGCGCUCGUGGGGGGCAGCUCCGGGGUGCUCACGCUCGUGACUGCUCAUUCGUGGGCGGAAGUUUCUUGGGGUUUUACGCUCGUGGGCGGCAGCUUCGCGGCCUUCACGCUCGCGGGCUGCAGCUUCGUAAUGUUCACGUUUGUGCCCGCGCUCCAGGACCGAAGCUUCAUGGCGCCCACGUUCUCAGGCGGCAAGUCAGUGGUGUUCACGCUCGUGGGCGACAGUUUUGUGAUGUUCAAGCUCGUGGGUGCGAGCUUCAUGGUGCUCACGCUUGUGGUCCAUCCUGUACUGGGUGAUGACGUUCUUUGGGCCGUCAUUAUCACG